AUUUCUUCAAGCAAUUUGGGUCAACAUCUGGAUGGGAUAGCAUUCGUCGUGCAGCGCCGGGCUUUCUAUCGCUCAUUUCCGCAUUUCGAAGAGGAACCCAAGCGGCAUUCCGCACUCAGCAGUGACCAACACUCUCGUGCUCUGCCUUCCACUUCGUCAUGGCCCGUCCAGUCGGCUCCGUGCGGCUGCGCUGGAUCAUCGUACUGCUGGCCGCGGGCGUCAUCUUCGUGCUGUCCGACGUGCUCUUCACGUGGCGUCAGCUCACCACAUCAGCCUGGUCCGCUGACACAUCCUCGUCCUCGCCGCGUCCAGUCCGCAGCGGCGAUAGUAGAGCCAAUUCGGCCACCAUUCAGGCCAUUUACGAUGCUGUAGCCAAGGCCAACGACUCAGCAGACGUACAGAAACUCACACAGUACGUGGAUCGCCUAAGCGAGAGCGAAGCUACCGAUCUAUUGCGCAAAAUCGACCCACAAGCCACGACCACGGCCACCUCUGCCAUUACUGCAGCUAAAGCGGCGGCCUUAGUACCUCCUGUGACAGUAUCAGAGGACGAGAAGGAUGAUGAUACGCUGAGGAUGGAGACAGAACAGCUUAAAGCCCAAGAAGCGGAGAACAUGAAGGAAGAGAACCGCAUUAAGACGCUCGAGUCGCAGCUGCUCCAUUCGCUGCACAAUCUGACGCAAAAGACGACAGAACCACGUGGUAUUGUGUUGCCCUUGUACGACGAUCUAGUGCCGUUAGGACUGUCCUUGAUCAUGGAGCUCCGGUCUCUAGGAGUCACGCUGCCUGUGGAGAUCCCGCACUGCGGAGACUUGAACCCGAAACUUACUGCGACGAUUGAGAAGAAGAGCAAGCAAUUGGGACAGAUCUACGUGUAUAAUGCGUGCGAAUUAGCAGCCAAUGAGAAGAGUCUCCUGGACGCCAGCAAGCCAGUCUUCUGCAAAGAUCUGGACGAGUGCCACAAGAAAUUCCGUACGUUUGAUAUCAAGGUACUCGGGCUGGUUUACUCGCGAUUCGAAGAGUUGAUGCUCGUGGACGCUGAUGCGCUAAUGAUGCAGAGCCCCAUGUCGCUAUGGGAGACCGAAAAAUACCACAAGACUGGCACCUUGUUCUUCAACGACAGGAUCAGCCAGACUAACACGUCGUUGGGUUACCGUCCAGCGUCACGACUGCACUCCAAUGAUCUCCGUCACUAUCUGUCUAAUGCCGAUGUGAGCGUCUUCCGGCAGCUACCGACGAUUCAACGUGAGAAGGCGACAACAGCGAAUGACGUGGCGUUACCCUUUGAACCGAGCGAUAUCCUGCUUAACAGCCACGCGUGGAAUGGACGGAGCGGCCACCAGAUGGACUCGUCGCUGUUGCUCUGGAGCAAGAAGCGACAGCCUCGUGCGACGGCUGUGCUGGCCUCGUUCAUCUCGCUCAACGACGUUGGUCGCCCCCCUUCGUAUGGGGACAAAGAGCUCUUCUUCGUGGCUUGUGAGCUUGCUGAGACGCAGUACAGUUUCUCGGAUUUUGGUGUCGGUGCUGCUGGAAGCGACUUUAAGGACCAUGGAGAGGGCAAGUCGAUUAUUUGCGGCCAGUCAGCGCAGUUCUACCCAGUAAAAUCUCCGGACGAGAGCAAUGUGGGUCUGCUCUAUCUGAACUCGGAUGCGAUCAUGGAAUACAAACCCAAGACCCAGCCCAUGUUUUACUCCAAGGCUCGAGCUGCGGACGUUUAUCCUGGCUCAUUUAGCGACUGGGAGUUGCCGCAGGACUGUCCAUUUGAUGUGACCGGUGUACCGUUCUCAGAUCUGAAUGCUCAGCGUAUUCUGAUGCGUCAACGGCUCCACGACAUUGCAGUUGAAUGGGAACGCAAUGCGUUGAUGAGUGAGAACGAGAGUGAACAGACUCAAGCUGACGCUGCCGUCAACACGAAGCUUGAUGUACUCUUGAAGCAAUUAUCCGAUGGCACGCCAUUCGAGGAGAUCAAUGCUGCACCCCGAACUGAACCUGUCGCUGUUACUCCCGCGUCGACAACGCCAGAGCCCCAAGCAGUUCAGCAGGCGAACAAAUGGGCUGAGUUUAUGAAGACUGCGAGAGAACGAGCCGAUCUUGAGAAGCAAAUGGAGACGAGAUUGAUCCACUCAUUGAACACGCUGAGCCAGAAAACUAGUAUGCCGCGGGGCAUCGUACUCCCGCUGUAUGACAAGAUCACGACGCUCGGUGUUUCUCUGGUUUUGCAGCUGCGGUCACUAGGCGUGGAUCUGCCUAUUGAGAUCCCACACUGCGGUGAUUUCGAUGAGGCGUACGGAGAAGCGAUCAUGAAGAAGACGGAGCAGCUGGGUGAAGUCUACGUGUACAACGCAUGCAAGCUUGCUGUGACUGCUAAGAGUCUGUUGGAUCCUAGUAAGCAGUUGUUCUGCAAGGAUCUGGACAACUGCCACCGUCGCUUCCGAAACUUCGCCAUUAAAGUGCUUGGCGUGGUCUAUUCGCGCUUCGAAGAGAUCAUGCUGAUGGAUGCAGACGCAUUACUGUUCCAAUCCCCGAUGCCGCUGUGGGACACGAACAAGUAUCAAACGACGGGCACGCUGUUCUUUAACGACCGGAUUGCUGAGGCGAACUUUUCCAUGGGUCUCGGCUACAAACCAGCAAACCGCCCGAACAUCAUGGCAAUCGAAGACUAUUUAUCCAAGGCUGAUGUAGAUCUCUUUCGGAACAUUCCGACCCUGCCACGGCCUAAUGCAUCAGCGGAGCUUAUCGCCGCUGACAAAUCGACUGUGACGCUGCACUUUCAGCCGAGCGAGGGGCUUCUUAAGAGCCAUCCGUGGAAUGGCCGUAGCGCCCACAGAGUUGAUUCCUCGAUAUUGUUGUGGAACAAGAAGCGACAGCCACGCGCCACCGCUAUCUUGGCUUCAAUUAUCUCGCUCAAUGAUGUGCCACGUCCUCCGUCUUAUGGUGACAAGGAGUUCUUUUUUGUGGCGUGUGAACUCGCAGAGUCGCAGUAUGCAUUUUCGGAUUUCGCCACUGGUUCUGCAGGCCCAGAUUUCCGGAACAAGGGCGAGAACAAGUCGAUUAUUUGUGGCAGUGCAGCGCAUCACUUCCCUGAGAAGUCGGAGAGCACUCCGAUCCAAGAAGUGAGUCUGCUAUACAUGAACACAGACUAUAUUAUGAGAUACAAACCGAAGAAGUCGCCCAUGUAUUACUCUGCUGCCCGCCCACGCGAUUUCUUCCCCGGUACGUUUGAAGAGCGGAAGUUGCUGAUGAUGUGCCCAUUCGACAUCACCGGCGUCAAGUUCUCGGACGCCGAGGUCCAACAGAUCUACCAGCGUCAGCACUUUUUCGACAUCGCCAAGGACUGGGAGGACGAUUUCAAGGAACCUGCUGGUGCUGAGCGGGAGGCAGCAGAAACGUUAACCAACGAGAAACUCGAGGUUCUCAUGGAUCAGAUAAAGAACGGCCCUCCGCUCGAAGACGCCACCGAUCCGCCUAAGGAUCCAGACAAAGAGGCUCAAGAAAAGAAGGCUGUGGAGUUGCAAGCGAAGGCAGAUCAGCUUCGAGAACAGGAGAAGCAGCUUGUCCAUACGCUCAACCAGAUAGCGCAGCAGACGACGGUGAAGCGCGGUAUUGUGAUUCCAGUGUACGAUGGCAUCAUCAAAUUGGCUAUCUCGCUGGUAUUGGAGCUCCGCACUAUUGGCAUUAACGAACCCAUCGAGAUGCCGCAUUGUGGUGACCUGGAUGAGGACGCUCAGAAAAUGUAUCAGACGAAGCAACAACUGGGCACGAUCUGGUUCUACAACGUCUGUGCCAAGGCUGAACGAGCUACGAGCGUCAUGGACUCGUCCCGGAAGGUUUUCUGCGAGAAGAUUGAGGACUGCCACGCCAAAUUCCGCGGCUUCAUCAUCAAGCCGCUCGCUGUGACGUUCUCAAGAUUCGAGGAGAUCAUGAUGAUCGAUGCCGAUACGACGUUCUUCGUGAGUCCUGCGAAGCUCUGGUACUCUGAAAAAUACAACAAAACAGGCAACUUCUUGAUGCACGACCGCAUCAGUCAUGAGAUUUGGUUUAUGGCUGAACGAGUACCCGGGAAGCCUGAUGUAUCGGUGGAGCAGAACUACUUCGCAACGUUCGAUGUCAAGCCAUUCCGAUCGCUGUCUACCCUUGAACGCCCCAAGGCUACAGUGGAAAACAAAACGCCCGUCAAGUUAAACUUUGAGCCAAGCGACUUUCUGCUGAGUAGCCAUUCGUUCAAUCUCCGUGCAGGCCAUCAAGUGGACUCCUCUCUGGUGUUGUGGAAUAAAAAGCGACAACCACGUGCUACUGCGAUCCUGGCGUCUUUCAUUGCGCUGAACGACAUUCCCGCACCUCCGUCUUACGGUGACAAGGAGUUCUUCUUUUACGCCAGUGAACUGGCCGAGACGCAGUAUUCCUUCUCUGAUCACGCUAUUGGUGCUGUUGGUACCAAGCUCAUUGAUGGCGGUCCCAAGAACUCAACACUGUGUGGUGACAUGGCUCAGGUUUUCCCAAUUCAUCAAGACGGCGUGCCAGAUGAUGAUGUGCCUCUGUUCUACUUCAAUAGUGACCGGAUACUGUGGUUCAGACCCAAAACGGAGCCUGUAUACUACAUGAAGGCACGGCCGUGGGAAUUCUACCCUGGUCCGUUUGGGGAGCGGAAGCAGGAGUGUCCGUUUGGUAUCACAGCCGGGAAGCUGUCUGCAGAGGAGGAAAGACACUUGGCGGGGCGACAGCAUAUCUACGAAGCGGUGGACGCUUGGCAUCGCGUUGGAAAAGAGAAGCCGGCCAACUUGGAUGAGCAGAACUUGGCAAUUGAUGGAGUUCUACGCAAGGUGAUCGCCGAGAUGCAAGGCAAGAGUUCAGCUGAUGUGGCUCCCGAUCCACCUCGAGAGAGCAAGCAAGACAAUCAAAUUGAACGGACGACCGAGAUGAUGGAGAGGCAACUGGUGUACACGUUAAGCCAGAUCACGCAGCGGAUGACUAUUAAGCGAGGCAUUGUGAUGCCGCUUUACGAGCCUAUUGCUCGCCUCGGCUUCUCGCUAAUCCUCGAAUUGCGUGCUAUGGGCAUCACUUUACCCAUUGAAGUGCCGCAUUGCACUGACCUCAAGCCUGAGACUGUGGAACUGAUCCGUACGAAGAAGGAGCUUGGUGAAAUUCGCGCCUACGAUGUCUGCGAGUUGGCUGCAAGUGCCAAGAGUGUCACGAAUGCUUCCCGACCAGUGUUCUGUGACGAUAUUGACGGCUGUCGCACCAAGUUCCGGUCGUUUAUGAUCAAGCCGCUUGCCGUUAGUUACUCGCAGUUUGAAGAGAUCCUGAUGCUGGAUGCCGACACGACGUUCUUUGUCAACCCGACUGUCUUGUUCGACUCGGAGAAAUUCAAGACCACGGGAAAUCUCUUGAUGCACGACCGUAUCAGUCACGACUGGUGGUUCAUGGCCGAACGCGCGUCAAAAAAGCCUGACAUCUCAGUGGAGCAGAAAUACUUCGCCAACUUUGACGUCACGCCAUUCAGACCGCUGCCCACACAUGCACGUCCCAAGGCUACGGUGGAAAACAAGACGCCCGUCAAGCUAAACUUCGAGCCGAGUGACUUUUUGCUAAGCAGCCACUCGUUCAACCUUCGAUCAGGUCACCAAGUUGACUCGUCUCUGGUCAUGUGGAACAAGAAGCGUCAGCCUCGCGCGACAGCCAUCCUGGCCUCGUUCGUAGCACAGAACGACAUCGCGUCACCUCCGUCUUACGGCGACAAGGAAUUGUUCUUCUACGCAAACGAAUUAGCUGAGACGCAGUAUUCUUUCUCGGACCACGCCAUCGGAGCUGUUGGAACCAAGGUUGAGGAUGGCGGUCCCAAGAACUCGACGCUGUGUGGCGACAUGGCUCAAGUCUUCCCGAUCCACCAAGACGGGGUACCGGACGACAACGUCCCCUUGUUCUACCUCAACAGCGAUCGCAUUCUACACUUCAAGCCAGAUGUGGAGCCUGUGUAUUAUAUGAAGGCGCGGCCGUGGGCGCUCUACCCUGGAGCCUUCGGCAAGCGACCACAGGAAUGCCCAUUUAACAUCACGGUCGGAAGGUUCGAAGAGUUCCAUAUCAACCACCUGGCCGAGCGACGGAAGCUCUGGGAGCAAGUCAAGGCGUGGUAAACGAUAGAGUAUGUUAUAUGUGUUGCAACGCGUACGCCCAUCACAUUAAAGGGCAUUAAAGCGGAGAUCUGCCCGCAAACUUUGCAGUUCAACACGUCGACUUUCAUCUAGUGUGCA